AUGAGAAACAACAGCAUGGAAUCCCUGUCCCUUUUGGAUACUGCAGAGAAUGGAAACCGAACAAACAAUGGCACCGAGCUCCCCAAAAAUAAUAAUCCCUAUUUUGAAUUAGGGGCUCAAGAAAUGGCAUUUAUUAUUAUUGCCGUCUUUAGUUUUGUUAUUUGCAUUUUUGGACUUAUUGGGAAUGGAACUGUCAUCUGGUUUCUUGGCUUUCGCAUGAAAAGGAAUCCUUUCACCACCUUCAUAUUGCACCUGGCUGUUGCUGACCUUGGGGUCCUCAUAUGCUCGAUUGCUUUGCUAAUAUUGCUACCUCUGUCUGUAUUUUCACCGUCAUUGGAAAAUAUCACCUGGUUUAUAUUUUUUGGUAUCAGUACUUUCUUUUUUUUCUACAUGUACAUCACUGGUCAAUUUCUGUUGACAGCUAUCAGCGUUGACAGGUGUGUUUCUGUCCUCUUUCCAAUUUGGCAUCGAUGUCACCGGCCACAGCACUUGUCUACCAUUGUUUGUGCUCUCAUAUGGAUCCUUACUUUCCUAUCCAUUGGAUUAUGCAUUUAUGCUUCUUUGGCGAAGAAACUAUUUUUCUUCUUCUUCCUGGUUCCUCCUGUGCUUUGCUUUCCACUCAUGCUUAUCUCCACAGUGAUCCUGCUUAUAAAAGUUUGCUUCAGAUCACAACAGAGGAAUAAGGGAAGGGUCUUAAGAGCCAUCCUUCUUGCUCUCCUCUUCUUCCUCUUUUUCACUUUUACAUUAACUUUCAUGAUUUUACUUCUGUUUCUCAGGUUUGAUAUCUCAUCACCUUCACUAAUUGUUGGACACUUAUGCAGCUGUCUAAACAGCAGUGUUAACCCACUGAUUUAUUUUCUGGUUGGAAGAAAGAAACAGAAUCGCUCAAGGGAGAGCAUGAAGGUUGCAUUGCGGAGGCUUUUCAAGGAGGAGGAACAUGGAAGAGAGGAGCUAGAACUCCGAGUCAGCCCCCAGAUAUAA